GAUCCACGGCUAGCAAAAGAACCACUGUAAGAGGCAUGUGAGAGGCAUGAAGACUGUACCAAGGCUUCAGUACUGGCCAUCUUAAGUGUACCUAGGGAAACUGGACCACAACUUGGGAUAAUGGAGACUGCUAAUCAGACAACGAGUGAAUCUCAAGGUGCAGGACAAACUUUGGCACCUCUCUGCACAGCGCACUGUUGUGGACUACUAAACCAAACACUGGCGGUCAUGUUCAUGGUUAGUCUGGCCUUUGCCAUUGUGGUGGGAAAUGUGGUGACGCUUACUGUUUUCAUGCAGACCCGGCAUUCUCGAACACCUCAGGGCUACCUCAAAGUGUCCCUGGCCUUGGCCGACAUGAUGGUUGGAGUCUUGGUGGUGCCAUUUUCUGUAUACACUGAAAUCUCUCUGAUGGUGACCAGCACUCCACCGGUGUGGUACCAGGGCAUUUCAACACCCUCACUGGAAGGUGGAUCAGGACCUUGGCAACCCUGCAUGCUGAUAGGUCCAGUUUUUGCUGGAUGCACUUUUGUCUCAAUCAGCACCAUCUUUCUGAUGACAGUGGAGCGCAGUGUGGCAAUCCUGCGUCCACUGCAUAAAGACACUCUUGUGACACGGCAUCGCACCUUGUUCCUAAUUGUCUUGUCCUGGGCUGGCAGCUUCUUACUGGCAAUGGCUCCGCUCAUGCUGAGCAGCAGCUUCACACUGGAGUACAAUGAAUGCAGCCGCAUGUGCAACUAUGCACCCUUACUAAUCAGACAUCAGUUGCCACCAGAUGCAAACAUUCUUCUGCUGUUUCCAGCCUUUGACUUCAGUUUACUGGGUGGGACAUUAGCUGUCAAUAUCCUGUCCUUCACAAGUAUCCGCCGAUACUCCCGCAAACGAAAACUGCUCUCUGAGGGAAGUCUUGGCACGGAUGCAGGAGUUGGCAGUUGCCCCCACAGGCCGUCUUUUUCUGAUAUCAAAGCAGCUAAAACCAUUGGAAUCCUCACCUUUGCCUUCACGGCAUCGUUCUCUCCAAUCGCAGUAUUUGUGCUGGGAAACGUAGUGGGAUACACCUGGUGCAACUUCUCCUUUUUUGCAUUUUGGAUUCUGACAAGCAAUAGCUGCUGCAAUGUGAUUAUUUACAGUGUGCGGGACCACCGUUUUAGGAAAGGGCUGACUCUGCUUUUUCAGCGGGACAGGGCACAACCUCACCCAGACAAAAGCUGAGAUUUUUUGGACAAGAGCUGGGCAAAGGCUGGCACUGACUUCACUUUCUUUACCUCCCAUCACUUAUGCCUUGAGAGAUUAAGAAUUUGCUUUUCAGGCUCUCUUUCACAAAUGGAUCAGGGACAACAAUAAACAUCAUUCCAGGGAUUGUGGCAGUUGUCAUGAUGUUUUACAGAAAAUUAAAGUCUUUAUUAGCAUGUCCCUGCAGUUAUUUAUUUUUAUUCAGAUACGUAUGAAAUACAGAGACAUGCCUUAUUGAUUAUUGCAUUGCGUAUUCAGCAUAUAUCUGUAAAAUAUGUAUGUUGUUAAGUAAGAUAUUUUUAAUGUGGUUUGUAAAAGCAAUUAACAUUUUGAAAGAGUUCUAUUUGUACCUAAUCUGGCAAAAAAAAAUAAAUAAGUAGGUGUAAUUAGGUAAG